AUGUCGAAUAACCCAGGGCAGCCAGAGCAGCAACAGCAGCAGCAAGAGCAACAACAACCAAGAAAGCAUUUGGGUCUGGAGGCUGCGCUGGAACAAGAGCGACUGGAGAUCCUGGGGCUUCUAAAUCAUAGCCGUCGACAGUCCUCCGGGACGACCCAGCGACACCGCCAGAGCGCGACCGUAACGGCCCCGGUCCGCAGCCUGUUAGAUGUCUCUCCGGGGGCUCUGCCUCCACGCCAUGGGUCCAUCGCCGGGAUUGGGGUGGGUGUGACGCCCCCCUCCCCACGAGAGUCGGGGUCUGGUGCUCGUGUCUGGAAUGAGCCUGCGUCUUCUCCGUUGCGUUUGAGUUCUUCUGCGACAUCAUCAACAUUCCAUGGCGAUUCCGAGGGUCCUCCUCGUAGGUCUUCAGACGGUACAGAUCAAAUGUCCCAAGAGAGGAAGAAAUUAGUAGACAAGACCAAUGCCAAGUCCGGUGUGAAUCCUCACUCUGGCUACCAAUUCGAUAUGUCGUCAACGCCCAACGUCUCCGAUCAUGGUUCUUCCAAGCGGGCCGCGCAGCCGCAGGAAAAACCUCCUAGUAAAGCAGUGCAAAGCAAGAGUGCAAUGGCAUCGGUGAUGUCGGGGAUCGAUCUUAGGGUCGGGUUGCCGAGUUUUGCCAGAGGGAGAGACUCCGGACGACGAAGCUCAACGCGGGGCACGUCGCUCGACCGGUUCCCCUCCCGUUUUGGACGUUCCAGCUCCCCCAAGAACCGUCUUCUCAACAACGGCAACAGCAACAACAAUUCGCUGAAUCUGUCAAAACCGGGCACUUUAGUUACGGAUAAGGGCAAGGUGAUCGACAUGGACAACGCUUACAAGCAUCUCUCGGAUGCCGCUCUCGCCAACUCGACGGGCAGUUUGGCUUCGCUCCCCAAGCCUGCCUCUCGUCGUACGUCUUCAGAGGGCGAUGGACUGCCUGCUCAAUCACCAGCGGACGAACGUCUAGAAAAGGACAUGUACGACAGCGAAAAUAAUCCAAUUGACACCAGUGAAGACGAAAAUGAGGAAACCUCUUCUAGCGACGAUGAAGCUAGUUCUGGAACCGAGACAAGACGUGGAAGAAAGAUAUCUUUCGACAUCAUUCAACCCCAAGAAACUGAGUCUUCUGAAAAGUCAGAACCUCAAAGCCAACUUGCUGCAGCUGAAGAAGAGCGUCAAAUGGUUGAGGACAAGCUGAGUGCCACAUCUAUCUCAGAACCAAAACCCGUUACUACUACGAAGCAAGCCCCGCCUAGCCCGCCGAAACCGGCCAAGAAACCAGAUGUUCAUCCACAGACCAGUUUCGAAUCGGUAUCAGCAGUCAAUACGCCAUUUGGAUCCGAUGACGAGGCAGAAUUGUCGGACAUCAAGCGAGCCCAGAAACUCAGCAUUCAGAUGUCGACUAUCAACAAUACCGUUCACAACAGAGCGAUUCGAACCAUCAUUCGUGGCAAUUACUCCAGCAUGCAAGAGGAAGAGGGGGGUCGUCGUCGCCAGCGAAAGUACCUUGUAGCGACCGAUCUCAGCGAGGAAUCCGUGUACGCUUUAGAAUGGACUAUUGGUACCAUCCUUCGGGAUGGAGAUACCAUGUUCGCUGUCUGUGCCGUCCAUGAAGAAGCUACUGCGGGAUCUUCCGUGCAGAUUGGAGAGGGCGCCAAAGCGAUGGAGGAUGCAGCAGCAGUAGUUGGUUCUCAGACGGAAACUGUUCAGAGGUCCCUAGGCGAUGCGUCCAUGCAUUUGCCUCGUGCACUUUUCGGUCGCUUGGGGUCUGGGUCAGAGAGUAAACCCAGCUCUGUCGAUGCCCGCGGUCUGUCCAAGGCGGAAUCAGACCGUGUCCAUGCUGCGGAAGUUAUCUCCCAGACGUGCGUCCGACUGUUGAGAAAGACUGCACUCCAAGUUAGAAUUGCGGUAGAGGUCAUCCACUGCAAGAGUCCUAAGCAUAUGAUCACUGAGGCUAUUGAUGGACUUGCACCUACUCUUGUUAUUGUCGGAGCUAGAGGUCGAAGCGCUCUAAAAGGUGUUCUCCUCGGUUCCUUUUCCAAUUACCUUGUCACCAACUCUUCUGUUCCUGUCAUGGUGGCACGCAAGAAACUCAAGAAGCAGACGAAGAACAAGAAAACCAGUCAUAUCCGUCUUUCGAAUAACUUGACGACCCCCAAGAAACUUGCCAUGGCUAAAGUGGACUGA